AUCACCAUGCUGGAAUACUUGUUUUUUUCAAGUCUACUUUUAUCUGCUCACUCUGAGGGGAUUGUAGUGACCGGGGGAGGAAACGUGUUCCUGGGAGACAACGCGACCCUGACCUGUACACUCUCCGGAGCAGUCGGAGUGAGACAGGUCACGUGGCACCAGUCCGGCAGAGACGACGAGGACCCCGCGACCCGGGUGGUCACGUUCAGCGAGCACUCGGAGUACAAAGUAGCGGAUUCACACGUGGGCAAAGUGGACGUGACAGUGGCGUCUCUCAACACUACAACUAUCUUGAUAAAGAAUGUACAGUUUGGAGAUGAAUCCUGCUAUAUUUGCACCUUUAAUGUAUAUCCUUCUGGAACAGAACGGAAGAAGACAUGUCUCACUGUUCAAGGUAUAUCAGAAAUAACAUCUAAUAUUUCAUAUAAGGAAAAAGAUGUUACUGCUUAUUGUUCAGCCACUGGAAACCCUGUCCCAGUGUUCACCUGGAACUCAUCAAAAGAAGAACUGAGCCAAUACGUAACAAAUAAUUUUACAGUAAAGAAUGAAGACGGCACAACCAAAACUACAAGUGAACUCCGACUUCCGCUGGAAAAGUUCCAUAAAGAUUACGUGGAAUGUGUUGGUCAAAGUGGCAGUUUGACAAGUAGUAAAAUAAUGUAUUUGGAUACUGGCAAGGAUUCAGAUAACGGUGGAACGGUGGAAUCCAGACAUUAUGUCGCCUCAGCUGUUGUGAUUUGCUUCCUCUUCGUUGCAUGCUGUAUUGUUGUUCUUUUUCACAGAAGAAGAAAACAUGGAAAAGAAAAUAUUGAGAUCGCCUAGUAUAAUGAACUUCUGGAAGCCUUUCAGUAUCUCUCCUCAG